GGCGCCAAAGGGACAUCGACAAACAACAAACAGAUCAUGACGAUUAUGACCACCACCUCGUCACCGCUCAUCGACCUCGAGUCUCUGCCACAUACAUACAUCGACAAUACAUGGUCGUACAUGUUGACAGAGUGUAACUCGUGGACCGACCCAGACAUCAAAUACUUCGAACAUGCAACCAGGAGUACACCAAUGAGGCCGGACUGAUGGGCAACUUUAGUCGUUGGUUCUCUCGAUCUCGCAAGAAGAACAAGGAGGACUCCUCCCACAACCCGCUCUUCAAGGCGUUCAAUUCCACACCAACCCUCGAUGGUAUACUACCCGACCCGGAGAGGUCAGAGGUCGCUGCCCCUCUGCCUCCAGCUAGGACCGAUGUCAAGCAGCUCCCGGAGAAAAGGACUGGUACGAAAACGACCCAGAAGUGCAAAGAAACAAAGUCUUCCCGUGUGGAUCCAGAGUCACGACAUCGGAACCCGGAAAGAUGGAAACAACAGUUGUUGGCUUGGAGGUUGUCCGCCUAUGAAGAUGCUCGACAGUGGGAGAUGAUCGAUGCCGAUACACACAAGAUCCUCAAGCAUCAUGCGUUCCUCUCCCCAGAUAACCAAUCGUUACCCGAUACGAACUCGACCAUCCGACCAUCUCAAUCCGCUCCAGCCCGAUCACAGUCUUUCCCGGACUCUCUCGCUUCCCGACCCGUCACCCCGUCGCCAUCUCCCCGCAAACAACCGUCCUCUGCCCACCCACUCCCUCCGUCCAGUUGGAAUCGACCUUCCAUAUCUCAGAUACAAUCCGACCCCAACACGGAGACUUCGCAAGGCCUGACGUCCAGCGCACAUAACUGGGGGUCCUUCCUCUCCAUCCCUUCUUCCCCGACCCGGAGUCGAUCGCGGUUCUUGACCAGCCGGAGCAUCACCUCGCUCUCUAUCGGCUCGUCCUCGGCACAUGGAGAUAGAGAUAGGGAGAUUCCGGGGGUCUUGAGAAAGGAAAGAAAGCGGGAUAGCUUGAAGAGCCCUUUUCCCUCGCGACCUCUAGAUCUGGACCUCGGUCCGCACAGAGACGAUUUCACAGCUAGAGCUAAAGCCCUACCACCGUCGAGCCGGGCCGAGGUGGAGGCGGACUCAACCACCAAGGAUCUUGAGCUGCUGAGCAGGGUGAAAAGAGGGUUGUUGACGGACGAUUCGCCCGCGAUCUCGAUCCGUGCGGAAUGGGCGAGGACGAAAGCGGAAAUGAGGAUUGUCUGUGCGGGAGGAGGACUGCGGGGAGCGGUCGGGCGGGUGGAGAGGGAAGUCGAGGUGUGGAAACGCAAGUGCCGGGUUCAAGAGCUCUUGAACGAUGCGCAGGGUGAGGUAGAGGAAGAGUUGAGGAUGGUCAGGGAGUUGAUCAGGCAGACAAUUCAGGAGGGUGUGAGCCCGUUGCCAUCGACCCCUCUGCUUGCCUCGAGCUUCCUGGAAGUACCCUCAACGCCAGUUUACAAAAGAGCCAGCAUUGAAUCACUGGACACGGUUAUGCCCACCCUCGAUGAUCAAUCAAUCUCAGAAUUGUUCCUCGCGGCGAGGCGAUUGCGACAAAAACCAUCUUUCGUCAGCCUAGACGUACCGUCACCCGAUGUGUCUCCCUCGAAAUCGCCAGGCAAACCUCGACGUACACCAUCACACCUGUCUGGAAAGUCAGUACAAUCGCUGUACUCCGAUCUAAACCGGAAAGCUACGGCUACGGGAUCAAGCUUGUUUGGCUCCUCGAAACAGGCAGUUAAGGUGUCUAGGCCAAUCACGCCGGUACAGAGCAUCAUCAAUCGGAAUAUCGAGGGCGGUCUCACUCAACAGCAAGUCGAGCCGGACUCGACUCGGCCCGACCGGGUCAGUGAUGUCUUGCUUCUCGGCGAUCUGAGAAAGCUAGAGAUGGCGCUGUGCAAGCUGGUACGGGAGCUGAACCGGUUGGAGAGCGUGAGGUUGCUCUAUCAAGAAAGGGUCGACUUGUUGGAGGUCAAGACGAACGGCGCGGAGUUAAGGGACCGGCUAGGCAGAUAAGCAGAAGCGGUUAGAGUUGAAAGGACAAUGGGUAGCAGCGCAAUACUGCGCACAUUGUGUUGUGUUUUCGAUUUUCGUUGCUCCGAUGCUUUCUGUUUGUCAUACAUGUUUGAUUCAUACGGGUUGCGUUCGAACGAGGUCAUUCAACGAUUUUGAUUCCGGCCGAGGCGUCGACCCAGCCAGGCCGAGGCUGUCGUUCGUAA